GAUCCCCUGAAAAGGAUAAGGUUGCUUUAGUCUCUUGUCCUAAUCUGCUUUUCCUCAAUGGUGGGCGCAUUAGGGCAAGACUCUAGGGCCUAAAAUGAAGGGUUACACUUACACAAAAUUAUUAAGGUUGUUAAUAAAUUCGGGACCGAACAAUGGUGAUUGUUAGAGUCCGUUACAAGAGUUGUUUCUGUCUAAUGGUUAAGAAUGUCUCAUCCCAGUGAAGGGGCACUUGAUCACCCCAACGAUAACUCUUGUCCUACCUCGUUGGGGCAUCUUUGCAAAAUAGAUGUCACUUUACUUAGGGUACAAUAAAACUAUUUUGCUAAAAACCCUAAAAUUGGUGUUAAAAGUGGUAAUGCAAAUAGACUUAUUAAGCUUGUUCUUGUUUUCAACAACUUUUAAAAAUGGAAACCACUACUUUAGCUCUUUUAGCCGCUAGAAAAUUGACUAGCGAUAACUACGCUAGUUGGAAAAACAUGAUAAACAUAAUACUUAUCAUCGAUGACCUCGGUUCGUCCUUACGGAAGAGUGUCCCCCUAUUCAACUCAAACCGCAGCUCGAAAUGUUCGAGAGGCUUAUGAGAAAUGGACACAGGUGAACGAGAAGACCCAAGCUUAUAUCUUGGCCAGCUUGAACGACGUCUUGGCCAAGAAGCAUGAGCCCAUGGUCUCUGCUCAUGAGAUCAUGGAAUCCCUAAAGGGAAUGUUUAGACAACCGUCCAGGAAGCUCAAACAUGAAGCUCUUAAGUUCAUCUUCAACUCCAAAAUGAAGGAGGGUACAUCUAUUUGAGAACAUGUUUUGAACAUAAUGGUCCACUUUAAUGUGGCGAAGAUGAACGGGGAUCGCAUCAAUGAGGUCAGCCAGGUUAGCAUUAUUUUAGAGACGUUGCCAAAAAGCUUCCUGCACUUUAUAAGCAACGCUGUUCUGAACAGGGUUGAUUACACCCUUACAACUCUCCUCCACGAGUUGCAGACAUUCCAAUCCUUGCUGAAAGGCAAGAAGAAGGUUUGUGAGGCAAAUGUUGUUUCAUCAUCUAAAAAUUUCCUCAAAGGUUCAACCUCAAGAACUAAGUUUGCACCUUCUUCUUUCGACACUAAAAAGUGGAAGAAGAAGAAGGGUAGUAAAGGGAAAGGGAAACUAUCGACUAACCCACAACCUGCCACUCCGCGGGGUAGGCAACCAGCGCCGGUUGAAAAUGGAAAAUGUUUCCACUACAACCAAGAUGGGCACUGGAAGCGGAAUUGCUCACAUUGGUUGAAGGAGAAGAAGAAGGCCAAGGCCAAUCAAGGGGAUUAGAUCCUGGAGGCAG